AUGAUUUUGCUAAUUUCCCUUCUUCCAAUUGCAACUUAUGAAGGAAUUGGUUCAAUUCUGACAAAAUGCAAGAACAAACUUCAAUCAGAUGAGAGUUUGAACAGUGAUGAAAAUGGAAAUUAUGUUUUACAAAAUAAUAUUGAAGAUGGCGUGAAUUUUGCGAAUAACAAUACUGUUCGUUCAAUCACAACAAAGGGUAUUGGGAUAAUUCCUACCAAAUUUUGCGAAUAUAGCUCUAUAGAAAGCUUUGAAGCGGAUGCAGCCAUACAAACGAUCGAAAAUUAUGCUUUUCGAAAUUGCGUAAAUUUAAAGACUGUUUCUAUUGAUUCAGCUACUUCAAUCAAUUACCGUGCCUUUUCAAAUUGCAUUAAUCUUGUUUCUUUAAUUUUAACUCAACAAUGUGCAAUUGGCACGUAUGCUUUUGAAAAUUGUAUUAAUCUUGUUUCUGCAAGUUUAACGCAACAGUGCACUAUUGGCGCCUAUGCAUUUUAUAAUUGUUCGUCUUUAUUACUUUUUAAUUUUUCGAAAAUUAAUGGAAACAUUCCACAAUGUGCAUUUGAGUAUUGCUCAAGUUUAGUCAAUAUUAGUUUAAUAAGUCAAUGUUAUACUGGCGCUUUUAGGAAUUGCUUCGGAUUGAAAAAAGUUGAAUUCCUUAAUCAUUUCGAAAAUCUUCCAAACGAAUGUUUUAAAAAUUGCUACAAUCUAUCAGAAGCAAAACUGCGUUCAGAGAAUAUUGGCGAAAGUGCAUUUGAAAACUGCAUUUCUCUAACAAAUUUAACUUGCAUAUAUAAAUUAAAAGUAAUAAAAUCUAAAGCUUUUUAUAAUUGUUCGCUAACUAAACUUGAUAGCUCAAUACUUUAUUGUGUUUCUUCCUUUUAUGAUGAAUGCUUUGCAUAUAACAAUUUUACACAGGUUUUUAAAGGAACGUAUCAUCAUUAUAAUGGAAUCAAAAUAUUUCAAGGAUGUUAUAACUUAAAAACUGUUGGUCUAUAUGGAUAUAUUCCCAGUUAUUGCUAUCAGGAUUGCGUUUCACUUGAAACAAUAAAAUUUACUGGGACGGAAUCGUUUGGAAUUUCUAAUUAUGCCUUUUUAAAUUGUACAUCUCUGAAAAAUAUAACUAUUCCGAGCUCCGUUACAAGUAUUUAUAGUGGUGUCUUUUGUAAUUGUUCUUCUUUAUAUGAAGCUACUUUAGAUUUUACAGGUACUUAUAUACCAGAAAAUAUGUUUGCUAAUUGUACACAACUUGAAAUUGUUACAUUGCCGAUAAGUACGACUGAAAUUUAUAAAAGAGCUUUUCAAAACUGCCGUUCAUUAAUAACGAUCAAAAAUUUUGAUCAAGUCAAAAGCAUUUCGGACUAUUCAUUUUAUAACUGCAGUUCCUUAACGUCAAAUCAACUGUUUAAUCGUUUAUCAACGAUUGGAAGAUACUCAUUUGCCAAUUGCAAUUUUUCUUCACUUGAGUUGCCGGAUAGCAUUUCUUCAAUUUCAAGUUAUGCUUUUUCAUCUUGUUCAAAUUUAGAAUCUAUUGACCUGAUGAUCAAUUCAAACACGAUAAGUUUGGGUGAGUACAUUUUUUCAUCAUGCAUAAAAUUGAACUCAAUCACAUUUUCUCCAAAUUUCCAAUCAAUUCCAAAAGGAUUUUUUGCAAACUGCAAAUCAAUAACAAGCAUUAGUUUCGAUAAUAUUCGUACUUUAAAUCCGUAUUCAUUUUAUGAAUGCACUUCAUUAAACUUAAUAGAACUUCCAGAAUCUGUGAAUGAAAUAUCAGAUUAUUGUUUUGCAGGUUGUUCAGCACUAAACACAAUAAAAAUCAAGUCAAAUUCUGUUAAUUUAGGUAUGUAUACAUUUAGCAGGUGUAGUUUUACUUCAUUUGAGAUAAAUAUAUCAAUUAAUAAAUUGAGAAGUUAUUGUUUCUCUGGAUGUAACAAUUUAAUUUCUAUUUCAAUAAAUUCAGAUAUUCAGAGUGUAAAAUCAAAUGCAUUUUCAAAUAUUUCAAAUCUUCAAACAAUUUUAAUUCAAGGAAAUAUUGCCACAAUCGAAGGAAAUUCAUUUAGUCUUUCUCCGAAUCUUGAAACAUUCAUGAUGUUGAAUGAUUCAGGGACAGUCAAUGUUUUAAACAAUGCAUUUUCCGAAUCAUCUCUUCAUCAAAUUGUAAUCAAUUGCAAUAUUAUUUUUUCAAAUACUUACAAUAGAAACUAUCAACCAUUCUUAAAUUGCAACAACCUUACAUAUAUUUUCAUUGGUGGUUCAGUAUCAUUUUCAGGAGAUUCUACAAAUGCUUUCUCAUUAAUUUCAAAUUUAGAAAAUAUUACAAUCGUUGGUCGAAUUGAUAAUAUCAACUCAUAUACAUUCAAUGCUGCAUCAACACUAAAAGAAGUUCGAUUAUUUGAUGUUCCAUCAAUUGGUGCCAGGUCAUUUGCAGACUACAUAAAUCUUGAAUAUAUCGAUAUAAGAUCAACUACAAGUAUAAGUAAUUCAGCCUUUUUUGGAUGUAAAUCACUAAUAAGCUUAAAUUUGCCUGAAUCGCUUCAAAUAAUUGAAAAUAAUGCAUUUUCGCAAUGCACAUCCUUGAAUUACAUCGAAUUUCCAUCAUUACUAACUUCUAUUGGAGAAAAUGCAUUUAAGAAUUGUAGUUUAACUAAUAUUGAAAUCACUAGUAAAAUUAACAAUAUUGGCCAAUAUGCAUUUUCAUCAUGUUCUCAUUUGGCCACUGUUAAUAUUCAAUCAGGAAUUAAAACUCUUUCAAAAGGAUUAUUUUCAAAUUGCCCUCAAAUUUCAACAAUUAUUCUCCCAGCAAGUGUUUCCACAAUAUCAGAUUAUUGUUUUUCAGGCUGUACAUCACUUAGCGGAAUUGUCAUACUUUCAGAUUCCAUCACAUUAGGACAAUAUUCAUUUAGUGGAUGUUCCUUUGUUAAUUUUGAGAUCAAUUCUUCUAAUGUUAAUUUGCAAGGGAGAUAUUGUUUUUACGAAUGCUUGUACCUUUUAUCAAUAACAAUGAAAGGCAGAGUGACAUUUCAAUCAAAUUCUUUACAAAAUAUCACAAAUUUAAAGAAUAUUACUUUCAGAAGCGCUACUCAGAUUCCUUCAACAGCUUUUAGAAAUUGUCCAAAUCUUGAAACAUUUGUGAUAUCGAAUGAUGCCGGAUCUGUUAGUAUCAGCAACAAUGCAUUUUCUGAAUCAGCUAUUCAACGAAUUGAAAUAUAUUGUAGUAUUUCAUUUACUUCAUCUUAUUCUACUUCCAGAUAUCCAUUUUACAACUGUAACAAUCUCAAGUGUCUGUUCGUUGGAGGAUCAAUUUCCGAAAACAGUAUAAUGCUAAAUUCUAUAAAGAAUUUAGAAAAUAUCACAAUUGUUGGACUAAUUAGCAUCAACUCAACCACUUUCAGUGCGAAAUCGACACUAAAAGAAGUAAGAUUAUUUAAUGUGAAUAACAUAGGAAGUAGUUCAUUUAUGGAUUACACAAAUCUUGAAUAUAUUGAAUUAAGAACACAAUCCCAACUAACUAUCGAUUACCAAGCAUUUUCAGGAUGCACGUCUAUAACAAGCAUUUAUUUACCAAAUUCAAUUGUAUCUGUUGGAAAUUAUUUAUUUUCAGGAUGCACAUCAUUAUCAGAAAUAAGCAUACCAAACAGAUUAGCAUCUAUCAGCCAAUAUAUGUUCAAUAGUUGCGGAAAUUUAAAGUCGAUAACAAUUCCAGAGUCAGUAAGAAAAAUUGAAAAUGGAGCAUUUUCAAAUUGUGUUAAUUUGUCAAAUAUCAACUUCCUUUCAAAUACAAUAGAACUGUAUGAGUCUUGUUUCAGAAACUGUCCUCUCAUAAAUGGUUUUUCAUUUAAAGGUGAGAAAAUCAGUUUUAAUGCAUAUUGUUUUAAAGGGGCAUCAUCAAUAGAAAAUGUCGACAUUGAAUGCAAUACAAUAAAUCUUAAUGAUAAUUGCUUCAAGAACUCGAAUAUGAAACAUCUUUUACUGAAUGGAAGUGUUUCUUUUGGAGCGACUGUAUAUUCAGACUACAUCCAAACAAUAUUUAUUGAAGGAAACAUCAAUAAUAUUAUUACCACAUCACUUUCAAAUUCAAUGACUUUACACAAUUUCACAUUUGUUAAGUCUUUAUUUAAUUCAAAUACAGUAUCGCAGUCAUUUUCAUUUUCUGAAUGUUCCAACCUUUCAUUUGUUUCAUUUUCUUCCAAUUCUAUAAACGGUAUACCUGAAAAUUGCUUCUCAAAUUGCCGAAGUCUUUCAUCAUUUACAAUACCAUCUUCAGUAACAUCUAUUGGUCAAUAUGCAUUUUCUAGUUGUUCGAAUUUGACAUCAAUAGAUAUUCCGAACACUAUAAGAACGCUUGGCAAUAAUACUUUUGAAUCUUGCAGUUCAUUAUCAAAGGUAACAUUUCAACAAAAUAGAAAUAUUGGAACAAUUCCAGAUGGAUGUUUCAAAUCAUGUACAAGUUUGACAACAAUUUCUAUUCCUUCUAAUAUUAAGAAUAUUGGAAGUAGAUCAUUUUAUAAUUGCAAUCAACUCUCAUCAAUUCAAGGACUGACAUCAUUCAGCAAAAUCGGAGAAUAUGCAUUUUAUAAAUGUUCAUUUUCAACAUUAGACAUCAAUGGAAAUAGUUUGAACAUCAAUCAACGUGCAUUUGAUUCAUGCGGUGAAUUGGCAAAUAUAACAAUUACUGGAUCGAUAAAUUCAAUUUCAGAAUACUCCUUUAGUAAUUGUCCAAAGCUAGUUUUUGUUAACUUCAGUUGUACAAUCCUACUAUUUCCAUCUAAUGUCUUUUAUUCUUCUCCAAACAUUGAACGAGUUUAUUUCAAUUAUGUCCGAGUUCUAGGUGAAAAUUGUUUCGAAGGAUUUUCUAAUCUAAAGUUAAUCGAAAUACAAGAACAACUUGAAACUAUACAACAGAGGGCAUUCUAUCAAUGCAAAAAUUUAUUAUCUGUUUCAUUUCCCGAUUCCUUAAAUUCCAUUGGCACUUAUUCUUUCUAUUCAUGUUUAAAGUUAACUGAACUAAGAUUAAGUAAUGUAAAUUCACUUGGUGAACAUGCCUUUGAAUUAUGCACAAAUCUAACAUCAAUCGAAUUUUCAGGAACAUUUACAGUAAUUUCAUCUUCUAUUUUUAAAGGGUGCACAGCAUUAAAUAGUACAAUAUUUAAUAAUAUGGAUAAAAUUACAGAGAUAGGUUCGGAAGCAUUUUAUAAUUGCGAGAAUUUAGAUAUUAAUCUAUUAGAAUUUUAUAAUAUCGAAAAAAUAGGAGAUAAAGCAUUUUAUGGUUGUAUAAAAAUUUCAAAAUUAUUUUUAUCUCCUCUCCUUAUGGAAAUCGGAUCCAUGGCAUUUUACAGCUGUAGUAGUAUUGAAAAGGUUAGAAUUCCUUCAAGAGUAACAACAGUGGGUUCGUCUGCAUUUGAAUCAUGCACAAAAUUGAAAUCUAUGACUCUUUCUGUUUUCAUGAAUUCUAUUGAAAGUAGGAUGUUUGCAAAUACAGCGUUAACACAUGUCAUAAUUUAUCCAGGAAUUUUAGUAAAACCAGAUGCAUUUUAUAUAUGCCGUUCUCUUACAAUUGUAGAACUUUGCGAAGAUGUGGUAGUUUGUAAUGGUGCAUUAUAA